AAUCAGAAUUAAAUCAGAAUCAGAUAUUCUACGAAAACUUCAUGUCAUAUUUCUUGAUCGUAUAAAUAUUUUUACAAGUUCUUAUCGCUUUAUUGCCUUUUAAUUGAAUAUAUUUUAACACUAUGUUCUCAAUUAUAAUAAAUUAAUAGAUUUUCUUUCUAUUUUAUUAUGAUCUAAUAAAUUGUAACUCAAAAUGGAUUUAUUAAAAACACCUUCAACUCAAUCUUUAUUAGAUUCUGAUCUAGAAUCGGUUGAAAGUCUUCAGUAUGUGGAUUUUGAAGAACUUGAUGAAAUUGAAUAUGCUCUACCUGCAAGCGUAGCUCCAACAUUAGCUGAAGUUUUGUCGUCAGAGGAAUUAGAAAAUGAAAAUAAACCACAAAUUAAGAAUUUUGAGGAGUCAACUACUUGCACUGCUUUACAAGUUGAUUUCUUACAGGCUAUCUCACAGCAAUUAACUCAAGCUCAAGAACGAUCAUCAGCUGGUGCUGCUACAACAUUAAGUAUAGGAACCAAUGGAAGACUGACCGUAGGCACAGCACAUGGUCAUCUAUUGUCCUUUCAUGAUCAAACUUUGCGAUGGGUUUGCGAUGCAAAUGGAGACAAUGGUGCAGUUACAUGUCUAUCUUAUAAUCACGAUGGCACUCGCCUUUUGGCAGGUUUUGCACGAGGCUUAAUUCAUCAGUACGAAAGUAUACGUGGGGUAAUUCUUAGGCGAGUCGUACUUGGUGGAGAAACAUGGGGUACAUUAAGAGUUACGUGGGCUGGGACGUGUGGUCUGGCGCUUGAUACUGGAGGAUCUGUUUGGCUUAUAAAAUUUUCAAGACCAUUAGGAGUGCGUUCUGCUAGAGUAUCCUGUUUGUUUUCGGGAGCUAGAGGUGAAGUAGUUGCCAUGAGCGCUCGUGAUGCACGUAUUCUAGCUCUAGCAACUCUAUCAAGAGUCAUUAUAGUAGCAGGAGGCCGAGCUUCAGGGGUGAGAAUGGAUGGCCCUCUUGAUGUGCUGCCAGUACUUGAGUGGUGUGAAACAGAUGCUAGAAUGCUUGUAUGUGCACGUUCUACCGUUAUGCAAUGGCUUGCGGUAACACUUAACGGUUCAUCAAUUAACAUUCGCCCUGUUCAACGUGUAGAAUUAAAAUCAUCGCCAAUAUGGCUGGGAUGGCUUGGCGGCAGUCUCGCCAUCUUCGAUGCUGAUGAAAACCUUCGACUGUGGGGUGAUGACUAUGAGAAACCACUAGAUUUAUCACAAAUAGAACCUGUAUACUCAUCUGCUUUUUUCAAGGGACAUUGGACAGAUGGUCGAGUAUCGCGAGCUAUGUGCAAAGCGGGAGAAAGUGCUUUAGGAGGUGCUUGUAUAUCAGAGGGCACAUUGGCCUUGUUAGGCCGUCGCGGUGUUGUCCGUGUGAAGCCAAGAGAUCUAUUGGCCAGGGCACAAGCAUUUAUAACAUCUGGACGCUACACACAAGCUUUGAGGUUGCUCUGCUCGUCACAAAAUUCAGAAACCAAAAAAUUAGCUAUCGAAUUUGUUGUAAAUUUGGCAGAUAGGCCACAUAUAUUGAGCAAUAAAAAUAUUGCGGUUCAUGUUGUCAAGCUAUGUCUUAAAUAUGAUAUGAGUGAUGAAUUGUGGAAUUGUCUUUGGGAGAACUGCUCAGGGGAACAGGCAUUUGUCGAAGCAUUGGGAGAUGCUGCAGUACGAGGAGAACUUUCUAACAAUCCACCAUCGCCAGAUUUUACACAGGAGCUCAUCGAGCGUCUGGCGGAGUUCGAGCCGGAGCUGGUGGAGCGCGUGGUGGCGUCGCUGCCGCUCACGGCGCUCGACCCGCACCGCGCCAGCGUGUUCACGCGCCAGCGCGGCCUGUGGCGCGGCGCGGGCGCCAUCGCCGCCGCGCUGGACGGGUGCGCGGGCGCGAUGCGCGAGCUGGUGGCGCACGUGCGGCCGGGCUGCGCGCGCGAGGGCGCGCGCUGCGGCUGCGCGGGCGGGGCGCUGCUGCUGGCGGCGGCGGACGCGCUGGCGGGCCGCGGCGCCGGCGGCCGCGCGCUGCCCGCGCACGCGCGCCCCUCCGCGCGCCACGACGCGCUGCACGCGCUGCUGGCCGAGGAGAGCGACGGGCGGUCGCCGCUGCGCGCGCUGGUGCAGCACGACGCGAGCGCGGCCGUGCGCCUGCUGGAGCAGUGCGCGCGCGAGCCGCCGUUCGCGGGCCCGCUCGGCAAGCAGAACCGCCUGCGCGUGGCGCGCGCGCUGCUCGCCUGCGCCGCCGACUUGCCGGAGCCCGAAAGGCGUAUUGAGAUUAUAGAAUUUAUCGCCGGACAAUUGCAUGCAGGAGCGCUACCGGUCGAUCAGGAGGUUAUUAAAAAACUACAAGAAUUAGUGUCGACCACAGACAGCGAGCGCGCAGACCGCGCCUGGUUAGCGGUACUCACUCGAAUACGAAACCAACGAGACCAAAUGCUGCUUCAGUACAGAGGUGCUAUACUACGGCCGCGCAUACUGUGGCGAAUAGACACCAUGCUCGAGCGACACGACGAAGCUCUCAAGGAGUUCUUUGAUAUUCAACAUCCAUCCGAUCAAGACAUUGACGAAUUCUUUGAAUACCUCAGAUCGAGAGUAGAGAGCGAUGAAGAUGCUAGGAACCGAAUACGACCAUAUUUUCCAGCACUGGUCGAAAUACGACCACGACUAGCGGCGGCAUUAUUAAAUGAUGAUUAUUCGAUCGAUACAUAUAUUUUAGAUAGUUUAAGCACCAAUAGUAAAAUAGAAUUCAGCGAAUGUCUUCUAGAAAUGGGUCGCCUUCGUGGCGACGCUGCAGCUACAUAUUUGCGAAAUUUGGGUGUCGUUCGACCCAAAGACGUCAAGGACUUUUUAGUGAAAAAUCCAGGAAUCAUUAGACCGGAGGACGCUCUGAGCAUCGUAAGAGAGCUAAAACUUCAGAACGCAGAGCCGGUCUGCCUGGAAGCGACCGGCGACUACGCGGGCGCCCUCGAAGCUCUCCUCCGACUGAUCACGUCGACGGAAGACGAGGAGGCCAAAACUGAGCUGAUCGGCGAGGCGAGCGCGCUGUGCCUGCGGGUCGCGCCCAGCGUGCCGCCGCGCGCCGCGGCCGACAUGUGGUCGCGGCUGCUGCGGAGCGUCGGCGCCGUGCCGCCCGCGCUGCUGUUCGAGGCCAUCGCCUUCCUGCCCAUCGAGGAGCUCGUGGUGAAGACGUGCGAGUCCACGCGCGUCGCUCUCGCCGUCUUGGCGGGGGGCGCGGCGCGGCGCGACGUGUGGCAGUGCGCCGCGCGCGUGCUGCGCCGGGAGACGCACGAGGCGCUGGCGCGCGCGCUGGCGGCGGCGCGGCGCGGCCUGGCCGUGCGCGGCGCGUGCCGGCGCUGCGGCGGCGCGCUGGCCGGCGGCGGCGCGCGCACGGCGCACUGCGCGCGCGCCUCCCACCCCGCCUGCGCGCCGGAGGACACGUGCGCGUGCGGCCGCCGCGCGCCCGCCGCCGCGCUGUCGCUGGCCCCGCUGCCGCGCCGGCCCUCCACGCCCCAGGACUACGGCCUGCAGCUGGUGGCACCGCCUAGACCCGAUUUGGAGGGCGUCGUGUGAUUAUCAUUUUACGUUUUGUAUCAUACAUACGUAUUUAUUGAAAUAUUAUAAUAUGUUACUGA